AUGGCCUACCAAGUGGACAGGGAGACGGCCGGGGCGCAUGCGCCGCCGCCCGCGGCCGAGUUUGUGAUGGAUGAGGAGGAGGAUGAGGAGGACGACGACUUUGAAGGCUGGCGUGAAGACGACCAGCCCACCAAGGCGCUGUUUGUCAGCGACACGACCGUCUACCCCAACCCCGACGCGGCGCUCGCGCAGGCCAAGGCCGACGGCUGCGACGUGCGCGCGCUCGUGAGCCGCCUCGGCCUCGAUGCGCUGCAGGUCAUCCGCCUCAUCAACCAUGUGCGCCGUGCGCGCCUUGCGCCCAAGGACGUGUCCGCGCUCACCGGCCAGGAGGCUUUCCUGAGCGACGAUGCCGAGCUGCAGCCGGUCGAAGGCUACGAAGACGACGGACUGCUGCAGGUCGACUUUGACGAAAGCCCCGACAUGGAUGCUGCAACCGAGCUUGCGCUCCUGCGCGACGCGUACCACGAGCUGCGCCUGCAGUACGCCGAGCGUGUCGGCAUCAGCAACGAGGACGCCCAGUCGACGUUUGUCAAGCCCACGCAGCCGACCGGUGUCGACGCGCACUACUUUGACAGCUAUGCGGGCCACGAUAUCCACCAGACGAUGAUUGCGGACAGCGUGCGCACGCUCUCGUACGCCAAGUUUAUUCUCUCGCCGGAGAAUGCGCACCUCCUGCGCGGCAAGACGGUGAUGGACGUGGGCUGCGGCUCCGGUAUCCUCUCGCUGUUCUGUGCGCGCGCGGGUGCGAAGCAGGUGCUUGCGAUCGACGCGAGCGAGGUUGCGACGCGCGCCGAGGCCAACAUUGCCAAGAACGGCUUCCAGCACGUCGUGCGCGUGCACCGCGGCAAGAUUGAGGAGCUCGACGCGCAGCUCAAUGCAUACGUCGGCCAGGUCGACUUUCUCGUGAGCGAGUGGAUGGGCUACUUUUUGCUGUACGAGUCGAUGCUCCCGUCGGUGCUCUAUGCGCGCGACCGCUACCUGCGCAAGGGCGGCACGCUCGCUCCGUCGCACUGCCGCAUGCUGCUGGCCGCCGCGACGGACCGCGGCAGCGGCGUGCUGCGCGAGCGUUUCCGUUUCUGGGAGAAUGUGUACGGCUUUGCGAUGCCGAGCAUGACCCAGGGCCUGAUGAACGAGGCCGCGACAGAGGAGGUCGAGGAGAAUGCGAUCGUGAGCAGCGCGGCCAACAUCUGCGACCUGCCGCUCGAGGAGCUUGCCGUGAAGCAGCCCGAGUUUGUGUCGUCGUUCGAGCUCGAGUGCUCCGAGGCGUGCCCGGUGUACGGCUUUGUGUCGUGGUUCGAUACGUGGUUCGCGCCGACGCCGGGCGUUGCCCCGCAGGACCUGCCGCCGUGCACCGUCGCACCGGUGCAGCCGAGCGAGGUGCACGCGCUCCACCUGCACGGCAACGAGGUGACCGGUGCCGAGGGCGGCAAGGGCGAGACGGUCUCGUUUACCACGUCGCCGUUCGGCAAGCAGACGCACUGGAAGCAGACCGUGUUCCUGCUCAAGACGCCGAUCGAUGCUGUACAGGGGACCAGGAUCACGGGCGAGAUCCGCGUGCACGCUUCGGAGAGCAAUGCACGCGAGCUCGACGUCGAGAUUCACUACGACGUCGACGACCCGCCUCGGCCGGGCGAAAAGCGUGUGCAGUCGCGCCUUGUCCAGCUGUACUCGGUGCGUUAA